AUGGCGACCCCGCCAAGGCAUGGUUGCAUGCUCCGCGCGGAGGUGGUCAUAUGCAUAUUCCUCGUCAUAGCACCGUUCAGCGCGGCGAUCGGUGUCAACUACGGUACCAAUGGUGACAACCUUCCGUCGCCGGCCAAGGUUGCGGCAUUCCUCGUGACCAACACAAACAUUGAUCGUGUAAAGCUGUUUGACACCAACCCGGACAUUGUUCGGGCCUUCGCCGGCACGGGCAUCUCGGUAAUAGUCACAGCAGGCAAUGGCGACAUCCCUGGCCUCGCCACCCAGACCGGCGCCGACUCAUGGGUCGCUACCAACAUCGCGCCAUACUACCCCUCGACAGAUAUAUCUCUCAUCGCCGUGGGCAACGAGAUCAUGGACACGACCGACAAGAAUCUCAUCGGCAAGCUCGUCCCCGCCAUGCAGAUGCUCAAGGAUGCGCUCGUCACGGCUGGCUACAACGAAAUUCGUGUUUCCACGCCAAGCUCACUCAGCAUCCUGGUAGACUCCCAGCUGCCGUCCGCGGCUCGGUUUCGCGACGUCUGGGAUGACGCCAUCUUCACGCCGAUGCUCCAAUUUCUCCGGCAGACCAAGUCGCCACUCAUCGUGAACAUGUACCCGUACUUUGGAUACAACGGUGACACACUACCGUAUGCACUGGCGCGGCCGAACCCUGGCGUGCUAGACACGGGUACGGGCAUCACGUACACGAGCAUGUUUGAGGCACAACUUGACUCGGUGUACUCGGCAAUGAAGAAACUUGGGUUUGAGGACGUGGAGAUCCUGGUGGGGGAGACCGGGUGGCCGACUAAGGUGAUGGACGGGCAGAUCGGCGUGAGCCAGGCCGAGGCAGCUGAGUACAACAAAUAUAUCUUCCGUGAGGUUAGUUCCGGGUCAGGCACACCGCUCAUGCCAAAGCGGAAGUUCGAGACGUACAUAUUCACCCUCUUCAACGAGGACCUCAAACCCGGGCCCGUGGCUGAGCGAAAUUUCGGGAUGUUCCAGUCAGACUUCACGCCGAUGUAUGACAUUGGCAUCAUGAAAGAUUCGGUCAAAACAACACCAGCGCCAGCGUUGGUCGUCCCAGCGACAUCGCCGAAAGUGGCAGCAACGCCUAUACUCGCCACUGCUGAUGCGUUGGAGGCUGCAGUGCCUGCAAAGGUGAACGGCUCGAACAACGCCUAG